AUGGUUUCUGCUCGCUGUCACCGGCCGCAUAUUUGGAAGUGGGCCAUUGUGAGGAAGGUGGACAUGCUUGACGGGGUCACCAUCUUGCGGUCCGAGAAGGUCGAGGAGGAGAUCGUCCUUGACGGCACCGACAUCGAGCUCGUCUCCCGCUCUGCCGCCCUCAUCAACCAGAGGGCUACUUUGGCCGCCUUGCAGUUUGUUGAGCGUUGUGCUGCAUGUUUAGAUGCCAGUGCACACCCCAUUAUUGGUCAUUUGAUUCAGAACGGCAGUCUUAUCUGGAGGAUGCCCAGGCUGACCAGGAGGACACCCUUCUGCACCUCGGCCAUCACACAAGGUCUUCCUUCUAUUUUUUCCCGCUGUUUGUUCAUGUCCUACUUGUGUUUCAGUUCCAUUGGCUCCUACUGCAAACAGGUCUAUAGCAGGUUAACACCUGGAGAGGCUCGACCUAUGAGCAGCGAGCUGUUGCUGCUGCCGCCAGAUGCUCCAGCGGCGAAACCUCCAUUGAUUCCCUCCACGGCCACUACCACUACCCUAGCUACCGCUGCCGAUGGAACCACCACCAUAUCCUCGCUCGGCCAAGACCAGCUCCUUGAGAUCUUCCUCCGCCUGCCGAGCCUGCCGGCCCUCGUCCGCGCCAUGCUCACUUGCCGCUCGUGGCUUGGUGUCGUCCGCUCCUUUCGCAACCUCUUCCGCGCCCUCCACCCGGCGCCCCUCAUCCGGAUCUUCCUUGAUGUCGACGAAGGCAAUGUCUGCUUGUUCGUCAAUAAGGACAUUACACUGGCAGAUUAA